AUGGCCACGUUGGAGAGAAAACAGAUGGUUUUGACAACGUACAUGGCGGUUUUGGCUAUAGAAACCGGAAUGAAGAUGGCAACCGCAUCCUUGAGUUUGCUGAAAGUCACAGAAAUCCCUGUUUAUGUGGCCAAAGAAAAUUUAAGUGAAAGCUUACCAUCGGAUCUGAGAAGUCUUCGAACUUCUGACUUGAUAGAUGUCCAGAUGUUGUCAAACAAGCUGGAAGAAGUCAGUAUAAACGAUGCUGAUCCCUCUCAACAGACUGGUGACUACGUCGAAACAACGGUCCAGAUUAAUUUGAUAUUCGUAGGCAUACCCACUACUUUGAUGGUUGACAUCAGGUCAUACUCGGCUGGAUUGUUGAUCAACAGCAGUAAAUACAAUCCACAAAAUGAAAACGGGAACUUGUGGGUAAUAACUGAUCAUUUAGACGUCCGCCUGCGAGGACUGCUUGAUGAUAUCUUCUCACAUGGCAUAUAUCUCCAACAUUCAAAUAGCAAGUGGAUUGUCCACAAUAUAAAUGAGUAUGUUCAAGUGCGUCAUCCAGUUUGUAUAAACGGCGAGUUUAAAGAUCCAAAUAGUUAUGUGGAGUUCACAGACCGAGUUGUUGUCCAGGAUGAAGGUCCUUGGAUGUCUAUUGAAAUUAUUUUACCCAACAACGAAAGCAAAAACAAACAGUUGCUAUCAAGAGGCGGUCUAAUCUGCAGUCCAAGAUUCAAACAAGAACCGCUAUUAGUUGGUGCUCGUGACGUCGCUGAGAUGGUGGCACAUAGCGCGACAGACUGCCAGAAACGUCUUUUAAAAUUCGUCCUGUGA